GAUGAAAGAUUAAUUCAGACACUGGUCUUCUAUUUUUUCACGGAUGCCUGAGGAUUUUUGAGAUUCAAGUGGAUUAUUGUGAGGGGCUUUCAGCUCGGAAUUUGCUUGCUCUCAAAUAGCGAUUUUGACUCUUCAAAUUGGUUCGAUAAUUAUGUUCACGGCAAGUGCCAAAAUCGUAAAAGCAGGCGGUGCCGAGCCCGAUGCAUUCGAGUCCACCAUUUCCCAGGCCCUGCUGGACCUGGAGAUGAACUCCGAUCUUAAAUCACAGCUUCGUGAGCUUUACAUCACUAAGGCUCGUGAAAUUGAGACCAAUAACAAGAAAUCCAUCAUCAUCUACGUCCCAAUGCCAAAACUGAAGGCCUUCCAGAAAAUUCAGACACGAUUGGUACGUGAACUUGAGAAGAAAUUCUCUGGCAGGCACGUGAUGUUCGUUGGUGAGAGGAAAAUAUUGCCCAAACCUACGAGAAAGACACGCACCAAGAACAAGCAGAAGAGGCCAAGGAGCCGAACACUCACUGCAGUGUAUGAUGCACUCCUCGAGGAUCUCGUCUACCCAGUCGAGAUUGUGGGAAAACGAAUCCGAGUUAAGCUCGACGGUUCUCAAUUAAUCAAAGUUCAUUUGGACAAGAAUGAACAGACGAACAUUGAGCACAAGGUUGACACCUUCGGAGCCGUCUACAAGAAGCUCACGGGACGUGAUGUGACAUUCGAAUUCCCCGAGUCGUAUGUCUAAUUUAAAAAAUAUAAAAACUUAAAUAAAAAAAUUGAUUAAAAAAGUAAAAAA